AUCCACACCACCGACGGUAGAUCGCAAACGGCCCGCUUCUGCGAUGAGCCCCGACAAUAGCGGCAACGCUGUAGAGCCACCCGUUGACAAGAAACCGAUCGUUCAGUCAAUCCUUGCCAUGAACAUUCCCUCUUCCCUCUCGAUCACACUAGCGACGGAGGAGGACGAGGUGGCGCGACAGGCGGCCCGUAAGAUUCGCGAGAGUGAUCCCGCCAACAAUCACAUCGAGAUUGUGAAGCUUCCAGAUGUGCCGAUCAGCGAGGUGAGCCCAAAGUCGAUCACGCCGACCACUUCGCCUGGUAGUAUCUCGCCGCCGAGCAUUGCUCCGGCGAAGAAGGAGGUACCUCCCAAAAUCCCUACUCCUCCCGCGAUCACACCACAGAAGGUUAAUGAAGGUUUCCAGAAAAAGUUCCUGGACGCGAUAGACGUGAAGCAAAGCGACCCUCCGGUGUUAGUAACGACUGUUGGUAUGACUGCUCCCACUAUUUCGACUACACCAUCGUCGACUGUUUCGGCCAGUAAGACCUCCAAUGCCAUAUCCUCGCGUAGACUUAGCGUCGGUUGCUUCCCGGUUACCCGGUACCCGGAGAUUGAUCUUACCAAGAGCUCUGCUUCGACGGUUUCGAGCAAAGCUUCGCGGCCACCGGCAGUGCCUAUUAACAGUGCUCCGAUUCCUUCUCCCAAAACACUGAUGCCUCCACCAAAGAUGCUUCCGAUCGGCAUGAAACAUUCGCCAUCGACUGGAUCUCUGGUAAGCGGAAGCCAGCAUCCCAAAGCCAUCUCACCACCCAUUCCGAAAUCAUCGUUAUCGCCCGUACUGUCACCGAAACCUCGACCCGGUGCACACACCACACCGCCCGCACUACCCUCACUAGCUUCGAUGGGUCCAAUGUUCGGUAUUCAAAUGAAGUCUGACGCGAAUGCACUUCAAAAUGGAAGCGGUAACGGUACCCCGAUGAAGAAACCUUCGUUACCUCCCACGUUACCGCGUCGGAAGAUCGUGCCAGCCAACAACACCACCUCGUUGGUUCCGUUGAAAACGUCGCCGCCUUCCGGAACGAUGAAACCAUCGGUUGGCUCCAUGGGUAAUGCUGCUGAUUACAUUACACUGCAUCCUCAGAUCAGCAGUACGCCUCAAGGCCAACAACAUCAGCCGCAGAAGCAGCAGCAAAAGCAGCAGCAACAGCAACAGCAGCUGCAGCAACAACUUCCUCCGAACUUUACAAAUGGUGCUAUGUUGCCCUCAGCUGCCCUGUACAGCAAUCUGCUCAAUCAGCAUCAGCAACAGCAACAGCAGCAACAUCAGCAGAAGGUUUACGAACAAUUCAUGACGGACGUCAUGAGAUCUGCUCACAUUUAUCAACAGCUCGCCGCUUCCCAGGCGAACUACGGUCAGGAUUCGCUUACGAUCACUACGUCACCGAGCAUGAGAUCACCGCAUCCCAAUCUUGCCCCGUACCAUCAGCUGCAGCAAAAUUUGAUGAAUUCGCUGACGGUGACCGCGAUCCGUGGCGGUCAGCAGACUUCGGGAAGCAAUGGCACUGGUGGCAACACUGGUGGAAGCCCCACCAUCGCUUCUAAUGGUGGUGCGCCAGCCCGAUCGGGACAAGCGCCCAAGAUGUCGACGAUGAAGUCACGGCCAGGAGGAGGUGGUCCCGGUACACCCGGUACUGGUCCGGGAGCCAAUCCCACGAAAGGCGUUUCCUGAGUGGUGCUAAUCGAGCUGUAAGGUCAAUUUGCGGAUGUGCCCAGAUCCUCUCGGAGGGCUCAGAGCAAACCUUACAGCCAUCGGCUAUCGUUAUUUCGGUUUUGAUUUUUCAUUGUAUGCAGAGCACUCUCAUGUGUUCAUGAACAUAUUAAAGUAAGUGUCUACAGCAGAGUAAAAGUAAGUAGAAGGACUUGAGAGCAGUAUUUCCUUAUCGGGAUGAGCUAAAGUAACGUACUUGUUAGAUUAUUAUUCCAUUUUAUUUUUAGAAGUAUUACGUACGUUUAUCAUAAUGCAGUGAUAAACUUAUACUUAUAUACAAGAUAUACUUGUAAUUAUAUGUAAUUAUAUGUAGAAACACUCGAGUCAAGCCUGAAGUCCCCCACAGCAGUAAUGACAUGAUGAAUUGGUGAUGAAAUUUUAUUGACGUCCCUUAGAAAUGUGUCUAUGAUUUACAAUUACUUAUACAGAAGUAACAUACAGAAAAAAUCUCUAGUGGCGGAACUGCUCUCUACUCUAUGCAAUCCCCAAUGCACUCUCUAAUAUGCCCAGAGUGUGCCAUCUUGUUAUGUAGAGCAUUAUUGAAAAACUGUACAAAUGUCACUACUAUCAUAGUGUGGUAAGUUGUAAAAAGAAAGGAGGCAAUCGAUCAAGUAAUGGGCAACCAAAAUUGCCAUAAGUCGACUGAAAAGAGCGAAUGUAAGAAACGAUGAGACAAAGGUAGUAGAUUUGAAAA